AUGACGCCGCCGGUGGAGGCCAACUGCGCGAUAUGCGGUGCGCCGCCAUUCCCGGAGUGUCCUCAUGAGGGCGAAAGACUAGAGCUGGCACUCUCGCAAGCCAUGCAAAGAUGGGCGGGACUGAACGCAAUACGCGAAUGGGUGUUGAACCAUGCUCGGAACCAGAUCAUCUCCACAUUCAACCAGCUACGCGCAAUGCGUAUGGAGACGCAUCGCAACUACCUCGAAUCUCUCCCAUACUACACACUUUAUCGCCGAUUCAAUGGCCAGCCGCCUCUACAGCCUGCACAAGUCCAGCUCAUACAUUCGCAAAUACACCAAGCCAAUACGGCAUUGCAGCAAGGCGUGGAUCAAGACUGGCGGACAUCUUGCAUGCGGUACCCUGAGGUCCUGGACUACUACUUCGGUCUCAUCGUUUUCCAGCUUCCCAGCGAAAGAGAUUCACGCAUAAUAGACCCAAGGUUUGGACCUCCCAAAGAGCCCGGGACAAGGAAGAUCAGAGAGCGAAGAGACAGCGUAGAAUUCCGAGACCCACCACGAGAACGAAGAAGAGAACGCCGGAGGAGCAGAGGCGGUGGUGGAACUCCUCCACCAGCCCCAAUGCCUGGAAAUUUCAGGCGGUGA